AUGGUCGCCGACGUCGACUUCAAAAAUGUAUCUAGCUCAUCUGAAGGAAGUCAAUAUGUACGACAUAAACGAGGGAGAAGCGAUGAUUCAGAUGAGAAAGAUAAACACGACCCAUUCGUGCGACGAAUUGCCAGGGCUGUGCUACCCAAGAAGUUUAAGGCACCGUCGUUCACCCUCUACGACGAAAAAUUAGACCCCACUAAUCACAUUCAUCAUUACAAGCAAGCGAUAACGCUCCAUGCUGACGACGAAGCCCUCAUGUGUCGGAUAUUUCCAAGCAGUCUAGGACCAUUGGCCGUGAGGUGGUACUAUAAAUUGGAGUCGGCAUCAAUUAAGAGCCUCCACAAACUCCAAAAGUCAUUCAGGGUGAGAUUCAUCACUAAUGAGGUCCAGCUGAAGCAAGUCGACUCUCUCUGUGCCAUGCAAAUUAAACUGGAAAAAACUCUUCGUGAAUACUUGGCCCGCUAUUGGGAAUGCUUUAAUCCGGUUGAUGACACUUGCAAUGAUUUCAUGGCCGUUACCGCCUUUAAGAUGGGAUUGCAUCCUAAUAGCCCCCUCCUCAGUUCACUGACCAGGCGUCUCCCCAAAAUCGUCUGGGCAUUAAUAAAGAAGGUUGAAGAAUACUACAAAGUGGAAGACGAUGCCCCUCGGGUCAAAGUCAGAUGUAAAGCCGUUAAGACGGCCACGUUGGGAGUCAUUCAACCAAUUAGCACCGUGCCUCCAAGAAGCCCCGAGCGGCAAAAUUGA